AUGGCUGCUGGCGUUCCUAGAAUUGAUGGAUUAGAGUCCUUAGGUAACCCUUUGGAGGAUGCCAAAAGAGCUGCUGCAUACAGAGCUGUCGAUGAAAAUUUAAAGUUUGAUGAGCAUAAAAUUGUCGGAAUCGGUAGUGGUAGUACGGUGGUCUACGUUGCCGAGAGAAUCGGGCAGUAUUUGCACGAUUCUGAAUAUUCCGAACUGGUGUCUAAAUUCGUUUGUAUUCCAACAGGCUUCCAAUCAAGGAACUUGAUCCUAGAUAACAAAUUGCAAUUAGGCUCUAUUGAACAAUAUCCUCGUAUUGACAUAGCUUUUGACGGUGCCGAUGAAGUAGAUGAACAUUUGCAAUUGAUUAAAGGUGGUGGAGCCUGUUUAUUCCAAGAAAAAUUGGUCAGCACCAGUGCCAAAACGUUCAUUAUUGUUGCUGAUUCAAGGAAGAAAUCUCCAAAGUAUUUAGGUAAGAACUGGAGACAAGGUGUACCCAUCGAAAUCGUACCUUCAGCGUAUGUUAGAGUCAAGAACGACUUGUUAGAACAAUUGCAUGCAGACAAGGUUGAUAUCAGACAAGGCGGGUCUGCUAAAGCAGGUCCUGUUGUAACUGACAAUAGCAACUUUAUUAUCGAUGCGGACUUUGGCGAAAUCAAGGAUCCAAGAGCAUUGCAUACGGAUAUCAAAUUGUUAGUCGGUGUAGUGGAAACGGGUUUGUUCAUCGACAAUGCUUCGAAAGCUUACUUUGGUAAUUCCGAUGGCACUGUUGAACUUGUAACAAAAUAA